AAAGCUUGUUAGUAGUUAGUUUGCUGAUCUUCAAAAAGCCGACAAAGCCGUAGAACAAAUGAUUUCGUUUUCGAACAAAAAUUCUUAUUAGAUUCACUUCUUGAAAUUAACUAGUUGUUAAAGUAUUUAUUUAGAUUGAAAAUGAAAAUAUUAUUUGGUUUAUUUCUGGUUCACCUGGUAUUAGCUCAAUCAAAAGUGAAACACAAAAGUGUUCUGAUUGACAAUAUUAGUGAUUAUAAAGAAUUGAAAAAAUUGUUUCGAACCAAGAACAAUGUGUUGGUCCUUUUCACCUCUAAUCCCACCAAAGAAGCUCAAAACGCUGUCAAGGCUCUAGAUGAAGCAGCUCAAACAGUGAAGGGAGAAGCAACGGCAGUACAUAUCGAUUGCUCUUUGAGUGCCGAAACAAAAAAGCUGUGCAAAAAAAUUAAAGUCGCUCCCAAUUCAGUGAUGCUGAAACAUUUUAAGGAUGGAGAAUUCCACAAAGACUAUGAUCGUCAAACAACUGUUUCGAGUUUCACUAAUUUUCUGCGUGAUCCAACGGGUGAUUUGCCCUGGGAAGAAGAUAAAUCGACUGGGGCCGAUGUUCUACAUCUAAACGACUCGGAUAUGCUAGUUAAAAUAUUGAAAAAAGAGGUUCGACCACUUCUGAUUAUGUUCUAUGCACCUUGGUGUGGCUUUUGCAAAAAGUUGAAACCAGAUUAUUCUGCUGCUGCUACAGAGCUAAAGCCUGACUAUGUAUUGGCUGCUAUGGAUGUAAAUAGACCGGAAAACUCAAAAGUGCGUCGCAUGUUCAAUAUUACAGGCUUUCCCACAACAAUCUAUUUUGAAAAUGGGGCACAAAAAUUGGUUUAUGAGGGCGAAAACAACAAAGACGGGAUAGUUUCAUUCAUGAAAAAUCCGAAUGCACCUCCUGCAACAAAACCCAAAGAAGCAGAAUGGGCUUCAGAUCCAAAUUCGGAGAUCGUUCACUUGUUGUCCAGUAACUUUGAUUCAGUGCUCGUUGAUGAAAAAUCGGCUUUGGUGAUGUUCUACGCUCCGUGGUGUGGACAUUGCAAACGGAUGAAACCCGAGUAUGAGAAAGCGGCCGUAUUGAUGAAAGAAAAAAAGUUGCCGGGUAUUAUAGCAGCCGUUGAUGCAACAAAAGAACAGGGCAUCGGCAGUAAAUUCAAUGUGAAAGGUUAUCCCACCGUGAAAUAUUUUUCAAACGGAGAAUUUAAAUUUGAUGUAAAUGUUCGAGAUGCCGAUAAAAUAGUCGAAUUUAUGAAAAACCCCGCCGAACCACCACCACCUCCUCCACCGGAGAAGCAAUGGGAAGAAGAAGAGACCAAUGUGGUGCAUUUAGAUGAGAAUAACUUUAAAGUUUAUUUGAAAAAGAAGAAACAUGCUCUGGUUAUGUUUUAUGCGCCUUGGUGUGGACAUUGCAAACGUGCAAAACCAGAAUUUGACAAAGCAGCCGAUUCGCUCAAGGAUGAUCCACGCAUUGGAGUAGCUGCUGUUGACUGCACCAAGCACAAUUCGAUCUGUUCGGCAUAUUCAGUCAAAGGAUUUCCCACAAUCAAAUACUUCAGUUACUUGAAAACUGUUCGAGAAUAUAAUGGAGGCAGAACGGCUGACGACUUUACGAAGUUCUUAUCCGAUCCCGAUGCUCCACCUGAGAAACCUAAAGCUGAAGAAUUUGGAAAAUAUCCUGGCUCAGAUAGUAUAAUAACAUUGACUGACAGCAAUUUUCAUGAAACCGUUGAGAAAAUCGAUAACUUUUUGGUCAUGUUCUAUGCUCCAUGGUGCGGUCAUUGUACGAAAAUAAAAACACAAUUUUCAGAAGUCGCUCAACGAGUUUCAAAAGAUAAAAUCGGUAUGCUUGGUGCUGUUGAUGCUACUGUUCAUGAAAAUGUAGCACAGAAAUUUGAUAUCAAAGGUUUUCCAACGUUGAAACUGUUUCAAAAAGGCUCU